UGAGAGCCCCGAGGAGAUGUGAGAGCAGCACAGUCACAGGCAGCUGUAGAGGAGAGGGGAUUCCAGCACUGUGCCAAACUCUUAGACACGUCCCAUCCACCAGCACUAAGCCCUGCCCUACCUGCACACAGGACACCUGGUCUGUUGCUCAGGACUCUCUUAGUGGACUGUGCAGGGAAGAAGAUGCUGAUGUUCCAGUGGAUGCUUUUUUGGGGAGCUGCUAUUCUGCUGAUUCUGGAAUGUGAAGCUAAAUAUGGGGAGAAGAGUGACUCUGGAGUCAGAAGGAGAAGGUGCCUGAAUGGGAACCCACCAAAACGUGUGAAAAAGAGACAUAGAAAGUUACAGAGCCUGGACCUGGGGGGAGCUGGAUGUAGAGGACUGUAUCCCCGACUCUCCUGCUGCCCAAAACCUGAAAGCACAGGAAUGCAUAUAGAUCCCAAGAUAUUUUCAGUUACCAACAACACAGAAUGUGCAAAAAUAUUGGAAGAAAUCAGAUGUGCCUACUGUUCACCACAUGCCCAGAAUCUCUUCCAUCCUCCAGAGAGCACCAACACAUUUGAAAGGCUACUGAUGCUCCCAACCUUAUGCAAGGACUAUUGUAAAGAAUUCUAUUACACAUGCCGAGGACAGAUACCAGGCUUAAUCCAAAUCACUGCUGAUGAAUUCUGUUUCUACCAUGGGAUGAGGGACAGCGGUCUGUGCUUUCCAGACUUUCCAAGAAAACAAGUGCGAGGACCAGCAUCAAACUACUUGGACCAAAUGGAGGAGUAUGACAAAGUGGAAGAGAUCAGCAGAAAGCACAAGCACAACUGCUACUGCAUUCAAGAGGUUAUGAGAGGCUUGAGGCAGCCAGUUGGAGCUAUGCAUAGUGGAGAUGGAUCACACCGACUCUUUAUCCUGGAAAAGGAAGGAUAUGUGAAGAUUCUUACCCCAGAAGGAGAUUUAGUAAAGGAGUCUUUCCUGGACAUACAUAAAGUGGUCCAAAGUGGAAUAAAGGGAGGAGAUGAAAGAGGACUGCUAGGCCUUGCAUUCCAUCCCAAUUAUAAGAAAAAUGGAAAGCUGUAUGUGUCAUACACCACCAACCAAGAGCGGUGGGCCAGCGGACCUCACGACCACAUUCUUCGAGUUGUAGAGUAUACAGUAUCUAGGAAGAACCCCAGUCAAGUGGAUGUGAGAACCGAGAGGAUGUUUCUUGAAGUAGCAGAGCUGCACAGAAAACACCUGGGAGGACAGCUCUUGUUUGGUCCAGAUGGCUUCUUAUAUAUUUUUCUUGGAGAUGGAAUGAUAACUAUUGACGACAUGGAAGAAAUGGAUGGUUUGAGUGACUUUACAGGAUCAGUACUAAGAUUAGAUGUUGACAUUGAUGGAUGCAGUGCUCUAUACUCUGUACCAAAAAGCAAUCCUCACUUCAACAGUACAAACCAGCCUCCUGAAAUCUUUGCACAUGGACUUCAUAAUCCAGGCAGGUGUGCCGUUGAUCGUCAUUCCAAGGAUAGCAGUAUGAACUCAACAAUUCUUUGCUCAGAUUCCAGCACCAAGAACAGGUCAAAUUCCCGAAUAUUACAGAUCAUUAAAGGAAAAGAUUAUGAAAAUGAGCCUCCACUCUUAGAAUUCAAGCCACUAAGCAACGGGCAAACAGUUGGUGGUUUUAUAUACAGAGGCUGUCAGUCGGAACGGCUAUAUGGAAGCUAUGUAUUUGGAGACCGUUACGGAAACUUUCUAACGCUUCACCAGAACUCCAUCACCAAACAAUGGCAGGAGAAACCAUUCUGUCUUGGCAGCGGAGCUUCCUGCAGAGGACCCUUCACAGGACACAUUUUGGGUUUCGGAGAAGAUGAACUAGGUGAAGUCUACAUACUGUCAAGCAGUAAAAGCAUGACUCAGACACACAGUGGAAAACUUUACAAGAUCAUUGACCCCAAAAGAGCUACAAUGCCUGAAGAAUGUAAACGGACAGUGAUACCGCCACAGCCUUUGUCAUCGGAGUGUUCCCGACACUGUAAAAAUGGCAACUGUACACCGACAGGAAAAUGCUGCUGUAAUCAAGGAUGGGAAGGAGAAUUGUGUCGAAUUGCAAAAUGUGAGCCAGCAUGUCGACAUGGAGGUGUCUGCGUGAGGCCAAACAAGUGUUUAUGUAAAAAAGGUUACCUGGGCCCACAGUGCGAGCAAGUGGAUAGAAACAUUCGGAGAGUGGCCAGGGCAGGUAUUCUAGACCAGAUCAUUGACGUGACAUCAUAUUUGCUGGAUCUUACCACCUACAUUGUAUAGUUAUCACGGACUGCUUGUAUAUGUUCUAAACGGGCAUUUAUUUUUAAACCAUGUAAAUUAAACAAACAAAAAAGGACUUUGUAAUUCUGCUCUAAAUCCCUGUGUUUUAAAAUAUUUUUAUUAAUUUAAAUAUAUUGUCCAUAAAAGUGAGUUUGUGUGUGUAAUUUAUGAAUAUUUGAGUGUAUAUGUAUGUGUGAAGAUAUAGACAAUAUUCAUUUAUUAAACUUUCUGGUAUUGUAAACACUGGCUGCGACAAGGUCAUGUGAGCAAGAUUAUACUUUUGGUUGUUUCUAAAAUAACAUUAAAAUAGUUAUUUAGAUUAAAAUUUGUCAUGUGUACAGUAUUUCAUUUGUAUCUACCAUGGGAGGGACAUUUUUUCAUAAAUCACUUUUUUGCUUUUUUUAUAUUAUUAUCUCAGGUAAUUGCCUUUUUAGCUUUCACAGGUCAUUUUACUAUAUUAUAAUAGUAAUGCAAAAAGUAUUCUUUGCAAUAAAC